AUGACUAUUGAGGAUGAUAUGGAGGCAUUUCGUGUCUGGGCUACGAAACUUGGCUGCCCACCCGAAGCAAUGCCCAGCGAAGAUGCCUUAAAAUCAGUUUUCAAAUCUCGCCAACGUGAUGUUUUCUGCAAUCUGAUGCGACGUGUACGACCUCGCCAAGAUGUCAAGGACAUUAAGGAAAAUAUAUUGAUACAUAAAGUCGAGAAAAUUAGGGGCCAGGUUUUGUCGGUCUGUGAAAGAUCCUUUUUACCCCAUGAAUUGCAAAUGCAUCUCAAGAUACAGGAUAAACGUAAAAAACUCAAAGAUUUGGAGCAACGUCUGGAUGAAAGGAAAAAAGAAUUUGAAGCGCAGGCAGCUUCAAUUAAAACAAAAAAUAUACAAAUUGCAAAUAUGGAAAAUAAAUGCGAUCUACUGGAAGCCAGAGUGCAUCUUUUGGAUUUCAAAUCCAAGGCACUGGAUAAAAACAUCAAACGCGAGGAAGAUAAUCGAGAGAAAAUAAAAGCCACCAUGCCGGUGGUAUUGACCCAUGAAAAUAAAAGUGAACAAAAGGCAAAUGAAGCUGUGCUCAAAGCCCUAAAGGAACUAGAAGAUUUCUACACGUUCUGUGAACAAAAUAAUAAUUAUCAAAUCCUACAGGAUGCCAAAACCCAAUUGUGGGCUAAAAUGCGUCAAAUCUUUGCCAAUAUACCCAAUUUCUUGAUAUUCAAUACCAUUAAUCGCUUGAAGGAGGAACAAUUACAUAACAUUAUGUCAUUGAAUAAAACGAUAAAUAAUGAUUCACAUUUAACGGGCAAUAGUCGUGAUCCUUUAACAAAUUUCGAAAUUAAUUUUAUGAAGGCAAAAUCAAGUUUUUUAGGCAUCGUUGGCAGAUAUCUAACAGCAUGCCAGGAACGGAAAAAUUUAGAAAUGGAAUUCCCCAAAACCUAUGAAGAUUUUGAAGAUAAACUAUUGGAGAAAGUGAAAAUAUUCAGUACCGAUUUAGAUAGUGAACAUAGUGAAGAAAUUAUGCGUAACUAUGUGGUUGAAUAUAAUUUCCUGAAUUUCACCAAAGGUGAAAAUGAAUAUCUAACACAGCAAAUUGAUUUGCUAAAAGCGGAAUUGGAAACUGCCCAGAAAUAUUUGGAAAAUCAUGAGGUCCUUUUGGGAUCCAUCAAACAAGUCUAUGGUGAAAUCAGUGCCUCCGUGAAUAAACUGCAAUACGAUAUGAUGCAAUUGUCACAAAUCAAAGAUAAAAUAAUCUAUUCGAAAAAUAUUAUGAAACAUCAACUGGACGAUUUGGAAGCAAUGAUGGCCAACAACAACACCAUGAUAAAAUCAAAUUUCAAACCGACAAAAUUAAAAAUUACCCACAACAACAAUAUGUCCUUGGUGGGAGCUGACAGUUUUGAGAUGAGCAAUGACAAUGUUUUCUGCAGUACAAAAUUGGAUUUUGAUUCGACCAUCAGUUCUUUGAACAACACCACAUUACGGCGUAGUUUUGGUGGUGGCGGUAGUGGUGAUAUAACUUUGAUGUCGCCUCAGGCACAAAAUACUGUUUUGCCAUCUCACUCCUUGGAACUGGCGACAUUUUGUGAAACACCAUUGGAGCAUAUUUCUUGUCUGCGCAAGGAAAGUUUAUUUUAUUUGGCACCCAAUCCAUUGAUAACCGAAACAAGUGAACUGUCAUCAACGGUUCAAUUGGCUCCGGGCGUUUUACUUACACCAUUUGGUGCUUUACAGGAAGUACGAAAUCGUAUUUUGUGGGCGGACUUGAUUGCACAACAUUCAAAUGAUUUGAAAUUGAAUUUGGACACAUUUUUUGUUGACCCGCAACAAUACAAACAGAAGGCCAAACAACAGCAUGACCGCAUUAUUGAAGUUCUAGAUAAAAUCGAUGUCUGUUCGGUAAAUACCCUUCACAGUUUACAGAAAUUGGCUAAAUUUUAUGACUUCCUAAUUGAGAAUCCUUUGCGGCACUUCAUACCCCCCACAAAAACCUUCAACAAUCAAACGUAUGCAGAUUACGAAGGCGAACUAACCAUGUAUAUUCGUAUUGCCACCACUGGCAAUUCGAUCAAAUGA